AUGCCAUUCCUCAAACAACUCAGCUGCUCCAUCGAGCUAGGCAGCACGCACACUAAGAUCCCCGAGUACGGCAAAGACUACGGCGAUGGACACGUAACCAGCUAUAUCGCCGUGCCCAACGAAGAAGUAAACUUCAGCAUCCACCUUACCUCGCAUGGUUACAUUGCGCCUGGGCUUGCCAUGUUUGUAUACAUGGAUGGCCAGUACCAGUGCAAUCGCAACAGACGUGGACUCAAGGUUCCUGGCAAGGGUGUCAGAGAUGAGCAAGUUGAGAUUGAUCUGCGCGUCAGGCAGAAGGAGUCGAAGCAGGUGGAUGGCAGNUUUUUGGUGUCUGCGGACAAGGUUGAAGAGACCAACGAGGUGUUCCUCGACAACUUAGGCACUAUCGAAGUCAUCGUCUUGCGCUGUAAGGAUGCUCCCUUGCCACCACCCAGCGAACCUGUGAGCAGAGAGAGCUCCUCCAGAACUACGAUUGAAAGCACUUCUCGCCCUACCAGCAAGCCAGUAUCACGACACACCGCUACCCGCGAAGAACAGAAGGUGCCAUCCAAACCUCCUUCCUCCAGCCACAAACAGAAGGAGCCCUCCACCAAAGACAGAGUUCCUUCCAAACCAGCACCUGCCAAACCCGCGACUGCAAAGGAAAGCUCUGUCGGUGGCUUAUUCGGUCUCUUCGACGGCGCCUCAGACGAACGCGACCACGACGGUAUCAAUCCCAAACCCUACUGGAAUGACUGGAACAAACGCCCUUCAAUCCCAUCCUCCCGUCCCAUCAGAAACCUCUACAUUGCACCUGAAGAGCCUUUGCCUCUGGUGCCCAAGCAAGCCGCUCGUGCCAAACAUGUCGAGCAUCAAGUCAAGACGGGCAAGGGAGCACAAUACCUGCAUUUGUGUGCACGUCCUGAGUACUUGGACAGUAUGAAGCAGCCGUAUGCAUUGUUUACCUUCAAGUACCGCAGCAAGAGGGUCAUCGAGAAGAAAUUCAAGAUCGAGAUCAAGGAAGAAGGCAAGGCUCUCAAGGCUAAAUUGGCAGACAUGUCCAAAGAGGAAUUGGCUGAGGAAGUGUUCAAGCUCAAGGCAAGUCAUUUGACGUCUGUGUUCGUGUUGAUUAGACAGCUGACCAGAUACAGAUGGCACAGGAGAGCAAANAAGCACAACAAGGAAAAGACUUCCAGCGCCGCAAAGGCCUCUACACACAAACCUCAAGAAAUGCCAACCACCAGCAAGACCCCUUCAGUCGCCAAAUCAAAGGCCGCUACCGCACCGGCGCCUGCAUGGGACACUCAGCCUGUCAACAACGAAUGGAACGCCGAACCAGUCACAAAUGAGUGGAACGCUGAGCCUGCCGCGAACAAUUGGGAGAACCCUGCCGCCCCUGAAACCAAUUCAGCCUCCAAAGCCCCUUCAAGGUCUGCCUCAAAGACUGCCUCCCAAAAGGCAAACGAAGCACCAGGUUCCUACCCAGCCUCUGUCCAUCACAGCCGGAGUAAUGCCGCAAAGAGCGCUUCCAAGAAAUCUGCUUCCAGAAAGUCGAAGAAGGAAGAGGCUGCCGUUGCCGGAGCAGAGGCAAGUGGAGAUCAAGCAGCUGCUGCUGGAGGAGAGGCAGAUUGGGGUCGGCCACAGCAAGAUGCUACUGCUUGGGAAAACAACCCCGUGGGCGAUGCUACUUGGGGCGGAGGAGGAGCUGCUGCUGAUGAUGUUCAAUGGGGACCUCUACGCAUCGCCAUCACAUUCAUUGGAAUCGCUGUCGUUGUUGUGGUUUCAAUCGCUGCAUACUAUUGGAUCAAAGGCUACGUGCUCAAAGCCAUUGCUUUCUUCCUCUUGCUGAAGUCAUGGGUCAUGGCCCCUUUCAGCUGGACCAAGGACCUCUGGUUGAAUUUGACCAACCUCAACUGGCUCUUUUCUCCUUUUGUUUGGGUGUUUGCUGGUAUCAAGAGGGUUUUGCUGGCGAUCAUGCAUCAUGGAUCCAAAGUCGUGGUCAGCAAGCCAAGGUUCCUAGAGCUGGAUGCUUGGAAGAUGGAGUGGUUCAAGAGACCUCAGUGGCUCGUGUGGCGUGAAAACAUGCCAGAGCUCGUCAAGGAUGGUUGUGAUAUAUUUGUGCGUGAUGGCGUACAGGCAGUCGAAGAGGUCAUCGAGGAGAUCUAA